UGAAUUUUGUGAGGAGAAUCGACCCAAACAGACUGCCGGUGAGAGACAGAAGGUAAAGAAGCGUCGCGCCCAAAUUUGUAAACCAUGAGCUGGGCGGUGGAGGAGUGGAAGGAUGGACUUCCUGCGAAAGCCCUGCAGAAGAUCCAGGAGAUGGAAGUCCAGCUGGACAAGCUGAAGAAGGAAAGGUCACAGAAACAGUUUCAGCUUGACUCUUUGGAAGCUGCACUCCAAAAGCAGAAACAGAAGGUUGAUAGUGAGCGUGGUGAGAUCUCUGCACUGAAAAGAGAAAACCAGUCUCUAGUAGAGUCCUGUGAUUCCCUGGAGAAGGCUCGCCAGAAGGUCAUCCAUGAUCUGGGGGUCAAAGAGCAGCAGGUGAGCUAUCUGGAGGGUCAGCUAAACUCCUGCAGGAAGACCAUAGAGCGACUGGAGCAGGAGCUCAAGAAGUACAAAAAUGAACUUGAUCGUUCUCAGCCUGCUGGUUCCUUCUCCUCCUCGUCCGAGUUACAAUCGAGCACUACACCACAGAAGAGUUUCACAACUCCAGGACCUGUUCCAGCUCACAGGCAGCAGGAUAACAGGUUUGAUGAACUUCAGGAAAAAUACAACCAAGAGGUGGAAGAAAGGAAACGGCUGGAGACUGAACUCAAAGUCUUACAGGUCAAAGUGUUGAACCAGUCGUCCGUCGGUGUUAGCCACAGGGACAUUGCUGCCCGCCAAGCUGUAUCCUCCAUAUUCCCUUGGCAGCAGCAGGAUCAAGCUCUCAGCCGCCAGUCGCUGGAUGCUAUGGAAACGCCUCUAAAGAGACGAGGGAUGUCCCUGUGGGACGCCCAUGAGCAGACUCCAAUCAAACCCAGCCAGCGGAUGAGCGAGUCCAUCGUAAUGCAGAGUCCCAGUGGGUCCUGCCAGCAGAUGGAGCAGCUAAAGACACUCAACCAAGAGCUGCGCGGUCGUGUGUCGGAGUUGGAGAGGAAUCUGUCCAAUCAGGAGAAGGAAAUUCGUAGCCAGGCUUCCAAGCUGCAGGAAUUACAAACUCAGCUGAGUCAGGCCCGUAAAGACCUCGGUGAUCGGGAUAAAGAUCUGUCCAAGAGCAGCCAUGAGCUGACUCAAGCUGCAGACAGGCGCCAGCAGCUGGAGGCCAAGUGUUCAUCAGUUGAGCAGAAGCUGAAACAAGUGACGGAGGAGAUGAGCUGUCAGAGACACAAUGCCGAAAGCUGCCGACGUGCCCUGGAACAGAAACUCAAAGACCAAGAGAGAGACAGUCAGAAGGAGCUUGCCCGCCUGCAGAGUUCUCACCAGGCUUUGGAUCAGCAGUUGAACCAGACCAAAAACAAGCUGACACAAGAAAUCCAGCAGUCCAAAAAAGAGUACAACGUACUGCAGGCUGACAUGGAGAAGAUGGCCCACCAGAAGAGACAAGUAGAGAAAGAGACCGAGGAACAGAAACAAAAACUAUUGAGGUCCGAACAAAACCUUCAGGCCAGCCAGACCAGAGAACAGGACAUCCGGAAGAAAAUGGAGGAGCUGCAGAAAGACAAGAACUGCGUGACCGUCCAGCUGGACCAAAGCAGCCGCCGUCUGUCUCAGCUUGAGGAAGAGAAGAAGAACUUAGAACAGAGCUUCAAACGCACCCAGGGGCUACUUGAUGAUCUUAAAGCAAAAUCAGAAACACAGGCUGAGGAGCUGAAGAAACUUCAGACCAAACUGGAGCAGCAGACUCAAACUUCAGCUCGAGAGCUGGAAAACUUGAAGAAAACCCUUUCUGACGCACAGUCGAAAACAGACAGGUCUGAGAAUGAGCUACAGAAACAGAAACAAGAGGCUGAGCGGCUGAGCAACAAGCUGACUGUCUUAGAGAAGGAGGCCCAGGAGUUGAAGUCCAGUCUCUCUGGGAGUCAGAAAGAGUGUGCAGAGCUGAAGCAACAACAUCAAGCCCUGCUGGAGUGGAAGGCCGAAAAGGAGACGCUGAUUAAUGAAACUGAAGCAGUGCAGAAAGCACUCACUGACAAAAUUAACAGCUUGGAGAGCAGUCUCGGUUCUCUAAAUGAGGCCAGUAAUGAACUGAAGGAGAAGCUUGUGUGUGCAGAGAGGGAGAAGAGCAGUCUCUCCGCUAGCAUUGACUCUCUGAAGGGGCAGCUCCUCGACAAGAGCACCGAGCUGGAGGGAAAGGAGCAUCAGUACAGCGAGCUUCAGGCUCAGCUCUCUGAGGCGUCGCAGAAGCACAAGAAAGACCUGGAGAAUGUCGGCGUGCAAGUGACUCAACUUGAAGCUCAGAUCAAAGUUCUGCAGCUUCAGUUGCACAAAGAAGUCACCCGAGCAGAAGCUGCAGAGAAGGCGAACACGGAGCUGCGGGAUGAGCACCAGGCGGCCUGCGACUUGCUGCGCUCCAAAGACCAGCUGAUGGAGCUGAGUCAGUCUGAGAUCAGCCAGCUGAGAGAGAGCCUGGCGCAGAGCACCGCCCAGCAGGAGCAGCAAAACACACGAGCGGUCGAGGAGCGAGCGGCGCUGCUGAAGCAGUGUGAGGAGAGUGUUUCUGCAAAGGCUGAGGAGACCGAACACGUCAAGCUUCAACUGGAGGAGGCACAGCAAGAGCUGCUGCUCAACAAAGAGAAGAUCGGCUCCUUGGAACAGUUCCUAAAGGUGCAGGAACAGCUGGGCACUGAGCUGCAGAAACAAGUCAGAACAAUGUCUGACGCAGAAGAAGAACUUCAAAAGACGUGUGAGGCGAAAUCUGAGGAGCUCACACGGCUGGAGAAGGAGCUGAAGGAUCAGCGACGCCAAGCAGAAGUGACGGAGAAGCAGAUGAGAGAGGCUGAAUGUCAGCUGCUGUCUGUGGAGAAACAAAAGGCUGAUCUGGAAAACACGAUUCAAAAGAUGAAGAAAGAGGCAGAGAUUCUUCAGCAUGAUCACACUGAGAAGAUCAACAGCCUGUUGGAGCAGAUCGCCUCAAUGGAAGCAAAGGUUGCUCUGAAUGAAGAUGCAGCAGAAAAGCUUCCAGUCUUGAAGAAUGAACUGGAUGUGGUCAGUAAGUCCUACGCUGAGCUGAAAAAGGCUUUUGAAUCUCUUGAGGAGAGCCACUUGUCUGCAGUUGAAGUCAAGUCCAGCCUCGAGCACACACUGGCCGAGAAGGCGAAACUGAUCUCCGAGAUGGAAAAAGAGAUGAGCAGUCUCACAGAAGAGAUGAGUCAGCAAUCAGAGUGUCACUCUCUGGAGACGGAAAAGCUUCUCAACAAAGUGAAAAGCUUGAAAGAGCAGGCCGAAGCCAACAAGAAGUCAGUGAGCGCUGCCAAAGCGGAACUGAACUCUCGUCGGGAGGAGAUCAAGACCAUGAAGGCAACGCUGUCUGCCGCUUCACAAGGCCUGGAGGAGAGAGACAACACCAUCAAGAGUCUGAAGGAGAAGCUGAACAGUGCAGAGGCAAAGCAGGCCAAAGCCUCAGACCUCCUCAAGGAGAAAAUGGUCGCCAUGAACAAAAUCAAGGUUCAGCUGGAGAUGCUGCAGAUGGACCUGGACGAUAACGCGACCGUCGUGAACUCUUUUGAAACUCAGAUAGAAGACCUGAAGAGAACGAUAGAGUCCCUGGAGAGUCAGCUCAUUCAGAACCAGACGCACAUCUCUGACAUGGAGGCCCAGCUGGAGGAAAGCAAGGCCCAGGUCUCUGUUCUGGAGAGUCGCCUGGACGAUGUUCAAGCUCAGAACUCCGAACUGGAGACAAAAUAUGUCACGGCCCGGGAGGAGCUGUUCGAGAGGAGCUGUGAAAUAAGUCGUCUGGAGGAGGAAGCCAUCCAAAGGAACCAGCUGGAGGAGAGCCUCGCUGCACUGGAGUCUAAACUCAGAGAGACGACGCAAGAAAACACCAACUCACAGGCAGCUCUCACUCAGAUCAUUCAAGACAAAGACGCUCAUCUUAAUCAGUUACUCCAGGAGAAAAACUGCCUGGAGAGCUCUUUAAAACAGCUGGAGGAUGACAAGGAACAGGUCAGAGCUGAAAUUACUCAACUCGGUACAGAGAAGAAACAACUGGAAGACCUCGUGGACAAACUCUCUGAGGACAACAAACGACUGCAGACCGUCGUCAUGCAGUUAACCGAAGAAACGCAGCAAACCCGAACGGAGAUGGAGUCGGUGAGAGCCGACAGCCGUGAAGCUAAAGCGACUCUUGAUCAGGUGGUUGAAGAAAAAGCUCAGCUGGAGUCCAGUCUGAAGCAGAGCAGUGAGGACAAACUCCGACUCGAGGAUGAGCUGUCGACGUUAACUUCUGAGAAGAGUGACUUGGCUGCCAAGUAUAGUAAUGCUGUAGAAGAAAAACUCCAGCUACAAACAAGUUGUAGCAAACUGUCUGAGGAAAACAGUGGACUCCAGGCUGGUGUGGAUCAGUCGGCUGAAGAAAAGCUGCAGCUGCAGGAAACUAUAAGGGCUCACGAGGAUGAGGUGGCUCUUCUGAGAGAGGAGAAGGAGUGUAUCUAUCGUGACUUCCUGUCCUCAGAACAAGAGCAGCAGAGGCUGAAGGAAAUGCUGGAGACGCUGGACAAAAAGACAGAGGAGGAGAAGAAAGAGCAGAGCCAGAGGUUUGAGACACAGCAGGCCGAGCUGUGCCAGAGGCUUGCUGCUCUGCAGAAAGAGCUAACCAUGUUCAGACAGCAGUAUGACGCCCUGCAGGAACAGGUGGGCCAGCAGCAAAGCCUCAUCCAGCAGCUCUCCGAACCGCAUGAAACCCAGAGUGCAACAGAACAACCCAGCCUCAUGGAGUGUGAGGGGACAGGAAGUUUGGAUGACACAGCAGCAAGGCAAACUGUUGUAGAGACGAGAUACGAUGAGGGCGAUACUGUUGCUGAGCCCUCUCCUGUAAAGGAGGAGCCGAGUCAUUACUCCCGUCCAUCUGAGCAGGUUCUCAGCGAGACGGAAUCUGUACUAGUCUUUGACAUCGCGGAAGAAGAAGCAGCCAAGAAAUCGCUGGAGGAGGAGCUGGGCUCAGCCAGUGAUGAGAAGGAGCAGCUGCCUCAUCAAGAGGUUCCUGAGGAAAGCUGUAACUCCAGAGACCUUGAAGAGGAGCCUUUAAUGUGUGACCUGACUGAUAGAAAAGAUCUCAGAUCCUGUGGCCCAGAGUCAUCCCAGAACUGUGAGGAAACAAUCACCAAACAAUCAAAUGAGCUUGACUCUCUGCGGUCUGAGUUUGACCUCCUGAGAUCUGACCUGGAGCUGAGGAAGGAGCUGACGUCUGAGCUGCAGGUCCAGGUUCAAAGUCUGGAGGAGAAAGUUCGUGCUGCAGAGGAGGCGGCGCGCAGUGCAGCUGAUCAGCUGAGCAUCGCUUCAGAAGAAAAGAAAGGCCUUGCUGAUGAGCUGACCGAGCUGAUGGAAGAGAAGGAGUCCUUAACUCUGCAGCUGCAAACUGCUAAAUGCCAGGUGGCCGAUGUGAUGGAGAUGCUGGAAGGACUUGAGAUGGCCAAAGGUGGAUGGGAUGAAAAGUUCCUCCAGCAGGAGAGUGAGCUGAAGAGGGUUCGCUCUGAAAAGGGCAACUUGGAGCAACAUAUUCUGGGGAUGGAGUCGGAGCUGGAGAGCAUGCAAGGAGAAAUGGCUGCACUGAAGAAUGAAGUAGAGACCCAGAGGAAGAGCUGCUCCAACAUGGAGCAGCAAGUAGAGACACUCCUGACAGAGACGACUCAGCUCAGAUCGGAGCUUGUGUCUUGCACCGAGGAGCGGGAUGAGCUGAGCCAGUCUGUGAGCCAGUGGAAAGAAAAAACUUACAGUUUGGAGAAAAGCAAUUGUGACACAAGAAGCCUGAUUUCCAUCCUGGAGGAUGAUUUAAGAGCGAGAAGGAAGGAGUACGAAACCCUGCAAAGCAGCACUGAGAGCCUGAAGAUGGAAAAACAACAGCUGUCGGAACAGGUGAAGGUGCUGGAGCAGGCAGUUUCUCAACAGCACGGAGAAAAAGAGGAGCUCAUCGAUCACCUCAACCAGAUCAAAGAAGAUCACACAUGUGCCAGUCAAAGCACUGAGUCCAUGGCUGGAAAGAUACAGGCUUUAGAGGGAGAAGUGUCUCGCCUUUCACAGUCUCUGGAGUUUUCUCUGGUUGAAAAGGGAGAGAUCGCCUCUCGCCUGAACUCCACACAAGAUGAGGUUCAGCAGAUGAAGACGGGCAUCGAAAAGCUCCAAGUCCGCAUCGAGUCCGAUGAAAGGAAAAAAAAGAAAAUGGACGAGCUGCUGAAAGCUGCCCAGAGAAAGUCUGACUCGCUGCAGGAUCGCAUUGAUGCACUAGAAAGGGAAAAAGAGGAUAUGGAGCAAAGUGUGGAAGAUGCUGUGCUUCAGGCUGAAAUGGCCAAAGCUGAUCUAGAAGAAGAAAGACUUCAGGUGGAGCAGGAGAAGAAACAACUCAGUGAGAAGAUAUCGGAGCUCUCUCUUGCGCUGGACAACCUGCGAUUGGAGAAAGAGCUGAUGGAGAAGGAGCUGGAGACAAAAAACCGAGAAAUAGAGGAGCUGAGGGCCGUUAAGGAGGAGCUGGAGAGGGGGCUGGAGAAGGAAAGGGUGGACAGACGACAGGAGGAGGACAGACAGAAGUGCCGAGUAGAAGAGCUGGAGAGAGGGAUGAGGGAGGAAGCCGAGAAGCAAAUCAAAAAAGUAGAUGAGCUCCAGGCGCAGCUCCAAGCCUCUCGUCAGAGAGAGAUCUCUCUCGAAGAGAGGAGCACAGAAAAAGAGGAGGAUAAAGAAAGAACGCAGUCUCUGUUGGCACAGUUAGAGGAGGAGAAACAACAACUGCUCAUUUCAGUGCAGGAGUGGAAGACGAGAGGAGAGGCUCUUCACUCCCAGGAAGAGAAGUGGCAGAAGGAAAGAAACGACUCCAAGAAUCGCAUCAAGGCCUUGGAGAAACAAAUCGAGGAGCAUAAAAUGUUCUUGAAAACCAAAGAGGAAGAGAGAGACGCUCUGGAAAAGCAGCUCAGGGAGGAAGAAGGGUUGAGACAAGCCUCAAUAGAAUCCCUCUCAUCUCUGAAGACAGAAAAAGAACAGAUGGACAGAGAAAACCAACAACUCGUAAAAGAAAGUGAGGCACUGCAUUUGACCCUGUCAUCGUUGGAACAAGAGAGAAAUCGCCUCCAGAACAGUCUGUCAUCUGUAGAGGAAGAGAGAGAAAGACUGGGUCAGGAGAUAAGAGCGUUAGCUGACGAGAACGUAAAGAUUCAGUCAGACCUGGAAAUGAUGGAAAAGGAGAAACAGGAAAUUCAGCAAGAUCUUCUGACGUCGAAGCAAGAGAAGGACAGGUUAGAGGCUGAAAGGCGAGAUCUGCAGACUUCUCUUUGCUUGAUCGAAGAAAAGAAAAGAAACCUGUCGGAGGCUCUUUCUUCACUGGAGCGAGAGAAACAAGAAGCUCAAGAGGAGAAGGAAAAACUGAAGGCUGAACUCGAGGGUCUUCAGGUGACCGUUACCUCCCUGGAGAAGGAGCUGGAAACACACAGAGCGUCCAUCGCUCAGCUCAGUGAGCAGGUGUCAGAAUUAACGUCCCGCACCACGAGCCUGUCCAAGGAGAGAGACUCCGCCUGGAGCAAGAUGAAUCUGUGGAUGAAGACCUGCAAACAGCUGGAGCAGGAGAAGCAGAUGUUACACAGCUCAGGUGCAGGGCAGAGUUCUGAAGAUGUGCAGACUGAGGUGACCCAGCUGAGAACUGAAGCAGAGGAGAGAAAGAAGGAAAUGGAAGAUCUGAAGAUGGCUCUGGAGAAGAAGAGAGCUGAAGCUGAAGAAAAACAGAUGGAGUCACAGAAGAGAAACGAAGAGGUGAAGGACCUCAGUGCAGCCCUCGAUGCAAAGAGGAAGGAGCUGAAGGAUAAAGAUACGGAGCUGGAGGAAAUGAAAGGGGAGCUGGAUGAGCUGAACAAAGUCCUGGAGGAGAAAAGCAAGGAGGCCGACGAGAGCAUGGAUAAAUACUGUGGCCUGAUGGUUAAAGUCCACAAACUGGAGGAGACCAACGAUGCUCUGAAAACACGGCUGGAGCUGAUGACGGCGAGCCAACGUGCAGACGGCCGCCGGCGCUCCAGCAGGAAGUCCUCCUCCAAAAGCCGCGAGGAGAAUGUGGAAAACGUGGCUCCUUCAGCGACUCAGAAGUCUCCUCAGGGGAAGCGAGGCCACUGCGACAUUAGCGACAAGGACAGCGCCCAGGAGGCGCUGCUCAACCUCACAAAGAAGAUUAAAGCCAACGCCGUGGUGACGCCCAAACGGAGAGCCGAGGACGACGAGUUCAGACCAGAGGGGCUUCCUGAGCUGGUGCAGAGGGGGUUUGCUGACAUCCCUCUGGGGGAGGCCAGUCCGUUCAUCAUGAGGAGAACCACGACAAAGCGCUGCAGCCCGCGACUGGCGGCAAAACAGGCCAGCGCCACGUCUGCAGCUGACGUCAAGGUUUUGGAAAGCGUUCCCCUCCAGACCGUUCCUGCUCCGAGCGGUGAAGACCGGCCGACUCGUCGGUCGCUCGGUUCUCGCGGGACCCCCGAGCAGAACCAGCUCUCCAAGGAGCAAACACAGCAAGAAAAUAACUGCCAUGUCCAGUAGGAGGAGCUGUAGUUUUAACACAUGCAGAGUUCCACCUGCAAGUGUUUCUUCAUAUUUUUAUUGUAUCCUCAGUUUAGAUUUAAAGAAAUUACAGAAUUAUACUUUCCUCACUGUUCUUGGCUCAUAGCUACCCACCCU